AUGCAGCUCUAUGAGUACAAGCCAUUGCCAACGGCGAGUAGUAUUAGAAUUUUAAUCCUGCAUCCGGCCACCGACGCAACUGCGCCGCUAGAAGUCGACCUAGUUAUCCGGGACCGUAUGGAACUCCUCCGAGAUCCGGAUAACGAGACUUUCGAGCCAGGCGAAGCGGCAUGUCUUUAUAUCUCUGCUGUCGUUGAUGAGAUGCUGAGAAAUCUCCGUAAAGAUUCUAAGGAAAGGAGAUUAUGGGUAGACGCUGUGUAUUUAAACCUGAAGGAUGAUCAAGAAAAGAGCGUUCAAGUCCAGCAAAUGGGUCAGAUCUAUCACAUGGUGAACAAAGUUCAGAUUUGGUUCGGGCCUGCACUGCCGUCUGUCCCACUCGCCUUUGCUCUUCUCAGAACCCUCAUUGCGAAAUACGAACCGACGCCCGGCGAGGCUAAAUAUCCAAAAGCUGGAGAGAUCCUUGACAUCGCAAAAGAAACUUGUGGAGAUUACGGUUUGGAGUCUGUUUUGGAUCUUCUCAACCAGCCCUGGUUCACCAGACGCUGGACUCUCCAAGAAGGCUUUUUAGCUAGACAUGCCAUCGUCCGGUGUGGUAGUAGUAAAAUAUCGUGGCAUUGGUUCACAGAAGGGCUGAGACUUAUACACAAUGAGGCACAAGUACUCGAGGGCCUGAAAAACGAUUCAGGAGCGUUAUAUGCUCUUAACGUUCUCGAAACGCUUAGGAAGCCAGCGGAUCUUUUAUCUCUCAUCUGGAAGCUCCACGAGAGCCGAUGUUCAAACCCGAGCGACAAAAUCUAUGCACUCCUUGGCAUCGCUCAGAAGCUGGAGCCAUUUCCUCUUCAUCGCGAUGUGAUCGACCGCAUACGCGAUUCCCCCGAGUAUCAAGCCCCUUACCAAAAGCAAUUCCAACCCCAGACUACACGCUCAGAGAAGAGAGUGUAUUCCGAGAAUGUGUUCGGCAGUCUAUCGGAAGUCAAUCCAGAGUGGUCAUCAUGGGUACCAAAUUGGACUAGAACGAGGAAUGAAGAAAAGGGUGCCCUUGCGCAAAUGUCCGAGACCGUGCCGGCCAGUCAAUGCAUCGACAAAGAUCUUUAUUACGACAUGAUCCAUCCAUUAUAUUCUUCCGGCGAAAUAUGGCCAGUGCUGGAGGAGUUUAUAUAUCCUCGGCCGACUGAGUACUCGGAAGGUGACCGCCACGGCUUGGUUAUAUAUGGAAAACAACAUGAAAUCGUCGUGGACAUUUGUGAUCCAUGGCCAGAGACCAAUACAAGCGAAGAUCUAGUCAAACACUUGGCCGAUUGGAUUCUCAAACCGCUGUCAAGGAGCCGGCCCCAGAAUCCUUAUUAUCCAGUCAUGAAAACUUUGUUGUUACUUAUCACUGGAACUCACUUUUUCGGGUACGCGAAUCAUGGCUUCUUGCGAGAUCAUAAGGAUAUGGCGAGAUGCACUCAGUGGGUUCGUGACGAUAGAGAAUCGGAAGAACACCUUCACAGGUUCCUUAAGAUGGCUGAAAUUCUGUACCAAGUCGUGAGGGAUUCGCAUGUGAACGAUCCUGAACAAGUCAUGGAGUGGAAGGCCGAGUUAGACAUGAGGUACCGUGGGCAUCCAGAGCAGCCUGGAGAUGGCCAUGAGAAAAUCUCAUGUUUCCUUGAAGAUGUUUCAAGAAUGAUGCGCGAAGGAAACAAGCGGCUGAUAUUGACAUUACCCUUACAGCGUGACCUCAUACAGUCCAAUGAGACGCAUCAGCGGAUCGGCCCAAGUGACGUCAGAAGGGGUGAUUUUGUUACUAACAUUACAAUUUGCGGCAGGAUCGGGGCGCUCCUACGACCGCGUGAACCUUCGAGUCUGGAUGAUGAACUAACAUUUCAGUUCAUCGGCAUCCUUUGGUCGCUUGAAGGUCUCCAGGAUGUCUAUGUCUCUCCUGAUCUAGAAGAAAUUAUUGUCAUUUAA